AUGUCGUCCGACCUUCCGCGAACCAGCGACCUCACCACCAACGGCGACUCGAACGGUACCUCACACGAUGUAUCGUCCGUCGCGCCAGCCACUACGUCGGCCACGUCGACAGCCCCCGUCUCGAAACAUGUGGAGACGGUCAUGUACUCGGAUGUUCAUUGGAGUAAACACCCUUUUGAAUCGUCUCAAGCAAAGCAUUGCAUCCUCGCGCGUACGCUGAAAGCUACCACUUUCUCAACUGUAGAGGAGGACCAUGCCAAAGGACUGCGACGCCUGGUCAAGCAAACCACCGACAACGUCCACUCCAAGGAGUCUCGCCAGGGUUCAUAUGUCACCCACAUUGAAGAGGCUAUGCGCCUUCACGAUCGAAUCGCCGACAAUGGAAUGCAGUUCUCUCUGGCUCUGCACCAGAUGCACGAGGACCUGAACGAACUAUCACUCAACAUGGAAAAAGGGAGGAAACACUGGAAGCACGAAGGCUUGAAUGCUGAGAAGCGCGCCACUGACGCCGAGGCUGCCAUGGAAAAGGCAAAGUCAAAAUACGACGGCCUGGCAGAAGACUACGAUCGCGCCCGUACUGGCGACGCAAAGAGUUCGCGACGAAUCGGUCUCAAGGGCAUGAAGAGUGCUCCCCAGCACGAGGAAGACCUCCUUCGCAAGCUUCAGGUCGCAGACUCGGAUUACCAGGCCAAGGUUCAGGCAGCAAAAUCGCAGAGGGAGGAACUCAUCAAGACUUCGCGGCCCCAGGCUGUCAAGGCGCUGCAGGAAUUGAUCAACGAGUGCGAUUCAGGACUCGCUCUGCAGCUCCAGAAGUUUGCCUCGUUCAACGAGAAGCUUCUCCUAGGCAAUGGCAUUGCUGUGAGCCCGCUGCCUCCCACCGACCCCUCGGCGCCCGUUCAACACAGUCUGCGCGACAUUGUUCUCCAAAUCGACAACAAGGCCGAUUUCGACAACUACCUCUCUGGUCACGUCUCCAAGGUUCCCAACAGAAUCUCCGACAUCAAGUACGAACAACACUACACUCUACGACCAAAGCAGCAGACUCCCACCACAGCCAGCCGACAGCCUUCGUCGACGCUGCCAGGCCCAGCGCUACCUGAAACACCGCUUACAAACGUCCCAACGCAGCAGUCCACCUAUUCCACAUCACCAGGCCCAGUCCUUCCCCCCACAUCAGAAUAUCCGACCCAGCCUUCUUACGGCAACCCUGCAAGUCCUCCUUACCCCACUGACCCGCCUCAGCAAUACAACACUGCCCCCUAUCCCACCAGCCCAGGACCCUCCCGCGGUCUCUCCACCUCGACCCAGGGCGCCAGCAUUCCCUACUCUCCUGCGACACCAGGCGCCAUGGGAGCUCAGCAGAGCUUCUCUUCUCAGCCUCGGGCCAUAUCACCUGGUCCUGUUGCGACUGCUCUCCCACCCCCUCUGAAGCCUGUCUUUGGUGUUACCCUGGACGACCUUUACAACAGAGAUCAGACUGCCGUUCCCAUGAUUGUCUACCAAUGCAUGCAGGCUGUCGAUCUCUUUGGUCUCGACGUUGAGGGCAUUUACCGUCUCAGUGGUACAGCCAGCCAUGUCCAACAGAUCAAGGCUCUCUUUGACCACGGUAUGUUAGCCCCUGAUCUCGGCGUUGGUUCGACUUCUAACGAGAUUGCAGACUCGCAAACCGUCGACUUCCGCAACCCAGCUUCCUUCUACCAUGAUGUCAACAGUGUGGCCGGCCUCCUCAAACAAUUCUUCCGCGAGCUUCCCGAUCCACUCUUGACACGCCGCUCGUACAACAACUUCAUAGAUGCCGCCCGCAUCGAGGAUGCCACCACACGUCGUGACGCCGUUCAUUCCGUCAUCAAUGAGCUUCCCGAUCCCAAUUAUGCUACUCUCCGCGCUUUGGUCCUCCACCUCAACCGUGUCCAGGAGCAUUACGCCAAGAACCGCAUGUCCACUUCAAACCUAGCCAUCUGUUUCGCGCCGUCAUUGAUGGGCUCGCAUACUGGUCCUCAGAUUGCCGACGCAAGUCUGCAGGCAAGGGUUUUGGACACGAUCUUGACCAACACGUUCCAGAUCUUCGACGAGGACUAA